GGUGAUGGGGUCGGUGACGUUUCAGUGCUCUUUCCACAGCGAAGCCGCAUGUCGAUUUGCGACGCCAGACGUCCUGGGCAGGACCAGCAUGGCCCAGGCCGCCCCCGCGUCGUCGCGCUGCUGGCCAGCCACCUGGGCGACGAGGACCGCCUGUGGAAGCUAGAGCGCUGCCUCCAGUCCAUCGCGGCGCAAGAGGAGCCUCCAGCGGAGGUGCUGGUGCGCUGGUCCGCCGCCGGCGCCGAGCUGGAGGCCCAAGCCUGCGAGCUCCUCGACGGCUGCGGGCUGCCCUGCGCGCUCACGGCGUGGCGCGCGGAGCCCGCGGCGCAGUUCGAGCACUACGCGGCGCUCGGCUCGCGCCUGCUGUCGGGCAGGCCGGCCGCCGAGCUGGACGAGGCGUGGCUGAUCUUCUCCGACGACGACGACAUCUGGCACCCCCGGCGCGCGGCGCACUUCUCGCGGGCGGCGGCGGCCGCGGCGGGCUGCGGCGGGCUGGCCGCGGGCGUCUUCCGGGACGCGCGCCCGCGCGACCCCGGGGCGCGCCCGCGCUCGGCGGGCGACGUCGAGGCGCUGCUGCGCUCCGGGCUCGCGGAGCAGACGGGGGACACGGAGCUCAUGGGGGCCGGGUUUCGGCUGGAGUACUUCCACUACUGCGUGCGCCCCGCCUUGCUGGCUGCCUUCCUGCAGCGCGCGCCGGCGGCGCUGCUGUCGAGCCCCUACUGCGACCUCGCCCUCGCGGAGUUUGCGCGCCUCGCCAGCUGGGCGAAUGGCCCGCCGCCGCUGCACGACCCGGGGCGCGACGACUGGAUGUACUAUGCGCGGUGGCGGACUACGACCGCCGCCCGGGCGCCGACGCCAGGGAGGUCGCGGGCAGCGAGCCGGGGGAGGCCGAGGAGCGCUGCCUCGCGCAGCACCGCGCGGACGUCGAGGCCCUGGGCAUCCCCGCGGAGGACGCGCUGUGGACCCUGGCCAGGGUGCGCACGAACGUGGACCUGAUGCUCCUGGAGACCUGGCCGCGGUGCGACGGGGAGCGCGUGCUCUCCGUGCUGGUGCCGAUGCUCCUGGACCGGGAGGGUGCCGACCUGGAGGCGCUGUCGUUGCAGUCCCAGGAGCUGCGCGGGUGGCGCGCGCCCCUCGAGGAGGCCUUCGGCGCCGGCAGGGCGCGCAGCGCCGAGCUGCUCGGGCGCUUCUACCUGGAGCUGCUGGUGGAGCGGUACAACGUCUGAUGGGCCGACUUUCCGCAACCACUACCAUGGGCAGGACGGGGGAG